CGAACUCCUUUUGUGCCGCGCUCUCUUUAAAACAUGGCCUGUCCUUGUUUUACUUCCACUUUCCCCAGCCAAUACCAGCAAGUGGUCCCGAGCUGUUUCGUUUCCAUGGAAGAAACAGAAAUCUAUUACGUUCAAUGCAAACACUAUCACAUAAAAAAAACAUUUGGAGACGUCUCGUACACGGUGAUUCCGAGCUUUGUUCACGAAGCACCACGUCGGCCUAGCCAGUGGAUGAUAGUCCAAACUGGUGAAUUGUAGAAACCGGACGGAAAGGAUAGGUGAAGGUCAUAACGCCCGACUCAGUGCAUCGCAGGCUGGGUUUACGUCUAUGACGGUUCCGUGGCAUCGCAAACCGAAGAGGAUAGGUAUCCGAUCAAAAAUCGAAUCUAUUGCCUCGCUUCAGGCUGUUAGCCGCAGACUAACGGCCCGCAAACCGAAAGAUGGAUCUUAUCUUCCUUGCUCCUUCUGAGUCAGAUUUCCAGAUGCGUGAUAAGAAUCUGCCGCGACAAUGGCGCUGGCAUUGGCCUCCUCAUACGGCGCCAGCGGUAGUGAGCGGUGUCGCCCGAGGAUUCCCUGCACGAAUCCUCCACGUGGUUCCUUACGGUAUCUGCUGCUGCCCAGGCUUGUGUUCACCCCUUGCCUGUGGCUGCGUCGCCUUAGAUUGGCGGUCAGUGGCAUGUACCCGUCACGGUGGUUUGACAUCGGGGUACGUGACUGAUAGCAGAAUUGUCGCCGAGGACAUUGAAUCGUCAGGUACCAUGGCCCUGGGAGUGACAUAUCGGGUCCUCCAAAGCUCACAAUUCGUAUCCACCAACUUGGAAUUUGCCCAAGCAUCUGAAGCCCUUGCGACUCGCUGAGGAUAGCCAGAGGUUUUCUCAUUACAGACGGCUCGCUAGACCUGGAAAGCUGCACCUGGAUCAACGGUUUUAUCACUGCAAUGCAUCAUGCAUGCGAAGAUAAGAGCGAGGAUGUCACGGCCGUGGUCUCUUGCGGGAACCAGCGCUCGGGUUAAAGACUGUCGACAGUACCGAACCGUCGACUUGGUAGUAACGCCUUCGGAGAAAACCCCGUCAUUCAGCUAGAACCACAUAAUUCAUACCGUGUUGUGAAGGAAGGGAAACGCCCGGCACGAAGGAGAUGGGACUUGAGACCGUCGCACGCGCAAAGAAGCAAUAGAUAUUAAUUUCGCAACUCAGAGGUGCAAUUCCUUAAAAGGUUUCUGCUGCAGGGCGAGAGCGCUUUGACGAACCAUUCGCAAGUAGAUCAACAGAUGGAGUCGAUCGCGAUGAGGCGAGUGUGAUGGCACCGUAACCCAAAUACUUUGGCAUGUGAAUCGAUAUAGCAUUAACUUUACUUUACU